AUGAACAAGACAAAUUACCGGCCAUCUACCAACGACACUGAUCUGUGCACCAGACGUGACUUGCAUAACAACACCAAGCAGACUUUCGGGAACUUCCUCAUCGCACCGCUCUCGUUCAACGCAUAUGACUGUGUGGGAGAGUGUGACCUGGCUGCUGGUGCCGCCAGUUUCAGCAACCAUGCCGUGGUGCGCUCCCUUGCUGUGGAGCGGAUGGAUGGAGGAGGCAAGGUAGUGCUUAACUGCUGCGUCGCAACAAACUUCAGCACCGAUAUGCUGGGGAUCAUGUAUUUUAAGAAAAACGGUCACGUGAUCCUGCGCCAGUACCGAGACAUGGUCGCCACAGAAUGUGGCUGCCGUUGA